AUGCACGCGCUUCACCCGCCAUCUACACCGGCCAUAGAGGACAGGAGCGGUGAACUGGCGGACAGGAAGGGUAAUAUAGCUUCUCUUAAAGCGAUGCUCCGCGUGCUCGUCGGUCCGGAUCACUCCAAAACAUGUUUGAUGUUCGAGAAGAACCCCGAGUCUACUGAUCCCGAUCCCGCCAGUUACCUCUUUGAGAACCGUGGACAUCUCCCCCAGGCAAAGCCCUGCGAUCAGCAGUCUGAGCUGUGCUCUAGAAAGAUCAUCAGCCGCGUUCAGUCCUGGACAAACCAGUGCACCGGAGUCGCUGAAGGACAGUCCGAGGCUAUUAUUGACUCCUCAAACAGGUUGCCAAUGGCCGACGAACAAACGAUAAAACCAGACGUUUGCGCCUGGUCAGAUGUCCUGACGUCUUUUGAGCCUGGGCAUGGACUCUCUCCUGACUACUAUACUUGCCUCACCAAUAUCCAAACUUCGCAUCGACCUAGACAGCCUGAGGAAUGCAUCACUGGUUCUGAAAAUCACGAACAACAUGACGAGCUCAAGGUCAAUGCUCCUGUACAAGAAAGUGCUUUCUGUGAGGAAAGGACCAAGCCCGGCAACUAUCCUUGCGGCCAGGUGCACCCCAUUCCUAGGCCAAGUCUGUACAUGGCUGCGGACCCCUUCGGUUCGUUCUCAGAGACCAACACCACAUCAGAUACAAUAUCACCUUCUGCCUCGCAAGAGAGUCUAGCGGACUCGUUUGGACACGGUUUCCGCAAGGCGCACUGUCCGUAUAGUCACACUGGGGGCGCUAUGAUAUUCCAGAACCAUGUCUCGCCGGGGAGCUCUGUGGCCACAACCGACGAUCCUUAUACUCCUAUCGCCGGCACAUGCAGUGCCACCACGCCUCUCCACUGGUCCAGUAGCGGACAGAUGAUGCCAUGGGAGAUGCAGAGUCCAGAAUUUGAGUACCGAAACAGCUACUUUUCUCAACUACAUCAUCACGGUGGUCGGGUUGAAGCGAUUCCUCGCAACGCCGCACUGGACGCCUGUCACGGUCUACCUUCUGUAGACUGCAGCCAGCACUACCCUCAGCAACCACCAUUUGUCCUGCACCCCUUCACCCCUCGCGAAUACAACUCAACAAGCAUCAAGGACCGAAGUGUAGUCGACGAGGGACAUUGCCAGUUGACAUUUACCAACGACGAGCUCACGUACCCUCAGCACCGGUACGAAAUCGUCGAAUCUGCGCAUUCGACAAUCGCCAGCAACGGAGCCCUGGGUCGUCGAGGACGAGCAAGCAGCAGGUCAAUCUCAUGCCACAACGAGGCCCGAAAUGCAUUCUUGAUAGAGUGCAAACGCCGCGGAUUGUCAUACAAGGAUAUCAAGAGGCUCGGGGGAUUCGAGGAAGCAGAGUCCACUCUCCGUGGCAGAUUCCGGACCCUCACAAAGUCCAAGGAGCAGAGGGUGAGGAAACCCCAGUGGAAGGACAAAGAUGUGAGUGACAGGAUUCCAAGGGUCUCUUUCGUCCUCAGCUAA